AUGGAGGUAGCUGCUGUUGUCUUCAUAGUAUGUUUUCUUGCGCCGACAUUGACUGUAGGACAGAACAGUGGUAGUACGUGGGAUCAGGUUCUAACAAGAGAAAACCCAUGCCGUGAUAACACUUGUGGAAGAAAUCACGAUGUCUGUGAAUGUUACCUAACGAUUGAGCAUCGUCUUACUAUGAUGAUAGAAGAAGAGAUGACUCUGGUGGUUCCCAAUGGAGGCCAGCUUUACGAGUAUGACAAACCGGGGAGUCCCAUUAUCAAGGCAGACCAAAUACCGUAUAUCUUGACUGCUGAUGGUAACAACUCUCGAUUAGUUAUUGCAAUAAAUCGGCGAUUCCCUGGUCCCAAGAUCGAGGCGUAUGAAGACCAAACUUUGAUUGUCCACGUUCGAAACUUGAUGGACACAGAUAGCACUACGGUACAUUGGCAUGGUAUGCACCAACAGGGAUCAACGUAUGCGGAUGGCGUUGCCAUGGUAUCUCAGUGUCCGCUAGGACAUGGCCAGGAGUUUACCUACAAAUUCACAGCAAAGCCACACGGCACGAGCUUCUACCAUGCUCACAUAGGUGAUCAGAGAACGAUGGGUUUGUAUGGACCACUCAUCGUUAAACCAAAAAAAGAACUUCCAUCAGAAACAAGACAGGAACAUGUUGUCAUGUUGCAGGACUGGAAUCACGACGAUGAUGCAUCCACGUUAUACCAGCGGAUGUUGUAUGGCAUAUAUGAUCAAGAGAACAAAGUACCAUACAACACAACGUACUCGGUGGAUGGUGGUAUGUACAGUAGAUAUAGAUACCAUUCCGGUCUGAUAAAUGGGAAAGGUCGUUACUACAAGACCCCAACAACCCAUAACGGAGCGCCACUGACAGAAUAUGACGUGGCCCAAAACAGAAACUACACAUUUAGAGUGAUCAGUGCAGCUACACUAUAUCCUUUUCGUGUAUACGUUGAAGGACAUCCCAAAAUAACUGUUGUUGCUUCCGACGGAUUUGCGUUGAAACCCAUGGUUGUGGAGUCAUUCAUCAUCAAUCCAGGAGAAAGAUAUGACUUUGUAUUAUUUACAGACCAGCCUAUGGCUAACUACUUGCUGGUUGCACAGACGCUAGAAGUAGAAAGUGAAAUAGCAAAAAGAGGCGAAUACCACGUAGCGGAAGCCAUAAUUCAUUACAUUGGUACCGCCAGGAACCCAAACCAGCCCAAGGGAACCAAACCACAGUGUACCUCGACUAACGAAUGUGUUAUUUUUAAUUGCCCAUAUCUUCAACCUGCAGGGGAAAGUGAAAUUUGUUUGACGUAUAAUGACGCUAGAACAGACGAUUUCAACUCUCGGCCACAAGAUGUUAGGAAUAUAGAUGAAGAGUUCUUCUUUAAUUUUGCUUUUCCGGGACCAAGUGGAUUUAUGGAAGGAUCCGUGAAUGGUCGCCAAUUUGUACCUCCAGUUGGUCCUAUUUACUCACAGCCAGAUGAUGGCAUAACUGCAUGUGAUCAAGAUUGCGAAGACACGACUUGUAGAUGUACAUACACAAAGGAGAUAGAAUAUGGAAAAGUGUACCAGUUUAUAUUGACUGACCUCGGGAACGGGAAAGGUUGGUCACAUCCGGUACAUCUACAUGGACAUUCAUUUUACGUAAUGAAAAUAGGGUUCGGACAGUACGAUUCGAAUGGCGUCCUGGUCGAUUCAACCCCUGACAUAUCAUGUGCACGAGGAUCUAAAGGUUACUGUAAUAACCCUGUAUGGGCAAAUUCCAGUUGGAAUGGUGGUAAUAUUCCAGGUCUAGUGCUGGAAAAUACUGCACAGAAAGAUACUGUCAUCGUCCCUACUCACGGCUACGUCGUCAUCAGAUUCAAGGCAGACAACCCAGGUGCCUGGUUCUUCCACUGUCACAUCGACCUUCACAAUACAAACGGUAUGGGGAUGGUGAUAAUUGAAUCUCCCAAUAUGUACCCAAAAAUCCCUAAUAACUUUCCAGUAUGCGGCGAUUUCAAUGCGGAAGAAGAAACGGUUGUCGAGAAGGAACUGGGAUUUGGGGAAGGAAUAGGUGUCGGUAUUGCUAUUGCCAUUGUUGGAAUCAUAUUAGUCGUUGGAAUAAUCUUCGUGGUGAGGAAGUACCUUUGUUAA